AUGGCCCAGGAGCCUCUCACCAAUGCUGUCGCUGAGGAAGAAAAUACUGUGUUAGAUGAUCUUCUGGAGGAGCCUGAACUUGUCUCAGAUCUUCAGAAGGAACCAAAAGCUGUCUCGGAUCUUCAGAAGGAACCAAAAGCUGUCAAAGAUCGUCAGAAGGAACCAAAAGCUGAGGAAGAAAAUACUGUGUUAGAUGAAUUUCUGGAGGAGCUUGAACUUGUCUCAGAUCUUCAGAAGGAACCAAAAGCUGUUUCAGAUCUUCAGAAGGAAAAAAAGGCUGUAUCUGACCUAAGGAACCAAAAGCUGUCUCAGAUCUUCAGAAGGAACCAAAAGCUGUCUCAGAUCUUCAGAAAGAACCAAAAGCUGGAUCUAGAUGAUCUUCUGAAGGAGCCUGAACUUGUCUCAGAUCUUCAGAAGGAACCAAAAGCUGUAUCUGACCUGUGGGAGGAAGAAAAUACUGUGUUAGAUGAUCUUCUGGAGGAGCCUAAACUUGUCUCAGAUCUUCGGAAGGAACCCAAAGCUGAGGAAGAAAAUACUGUGUUAGAUGAUCUUCUGAAGGAGCUUGAACUUGUCUCAGAUCUUCAGAAGGAACCAAAAGCUGUUUCAGAUCUUCAGGAGGAACCAAAGGCUGUAUCUGACCUAAGGAACCAAAAGCUGUCCCAGAUCUUCAGAAGGAACCAAAAGCUGUCUCAGAUCUUCAGAAAGAACCAAAAGCUGGAUCUAGAUGAUCUUCUGAAGGAGCCUGAACUUGUCUCAGAUCUUCAGAAUGAACCAAAAGCUGUAUCUGACCUGUGGGAGGAAGAAAAUACUGUGCUAGAUGAUCUUCUGGAGGAGCCUAAACUUGUCUCAGAUCUUCAGAAGGAACCAAAAGCUGAGGAAGAAAAUACUGUGUUAGAUGAUCUUCUGGAGGAGCUUGAACUUGUGUCAGAUCUUCAGAAGGAACCAAAAGCUGUUUCAGAUCUUCAGGAGGAACCAAAGGCUGUAUCUGACCUAAGGAACCAAAAGCUGUCUCAGAUCUUCAGAAGAAACCAAAAGCUGUCUCAGAUCUUCAGAGAGAACCAAAAGCUGGAUCUAGAUGAUCUUCUGGAGGAGCCUGAACUUGUGUUAGAUCUUCAGAAGGAACCAAAAGCUGAGGAAGAAAAUACUGUGCUAGAUGAUCUUCUGGAGGACCCUGAACUUAUCUCAGAUCUUCAGAAGGAACCAAAAGCUGUCUCAGAUCUUCAGAAAGAACCAAAAGCUGUCUCAGAUCUUCAGAAAGAACCAAAAGCUGUCUCAGAUCUUCAGAAGGAACCAAAAGCUGUCUCAGAUCUUCAGAAGGAACAAAAAUCUGUCCUAUAUUUUCUGGAGGAUCCUAAAGUUGUGCAAGAUCUUUAG